UAAAUAAUACAUUACAGUCUUACUCUGAGCAUUUUAAUAGACAAAAGGUUUUUUUAGAGCGAUCAUCCCGGGGCAGGAGCAUCAACACUAUUCCAACAACAGUGGAAAAAGACUCCAUGGUUCCGUCAUUUGACAGUAACUCUACUGUAGCCCGACAUACAGAAGCUCUCUGUCAAACAGGCUUUUCACACCAGAGUGUCUUGGGUGCUCCUGCCCCAGGCAUUUCUGCAGGAACAGCCAUGAUGGAAAGCGAGCAAGAUGAGGUCGGACGGAUGAAGGAGUUUUCGCAGGAUGGAGAGAAGCUGGAUGAGGGGUGGAUAAAAGAAAAUGGAGAAGACACUAUAGAUUUUAUUGAUUUGAGUUGCAGGAUGUUUUAUUUACUAAAAGUAGUUAAUCGAAUGAAUUUAAAUUUUCCUUAUUAUUUUAAUUUUAAUAUUUUUCUUAAAAAUAAGCUUUUUCCUAUUAAUCAAAGCAUGUCUUCUAAAAUAUCAUAUUUUAUAAAGCACUUUAAAAUCAAUGAAAAGGUUGAUUUUAACAGUCAGUUUGCAUUUGCAGUAAUAGAAUAUAAAACAUUUAUAUUAAAAGGACCUUUUAUACCACAAACUGUUGGUCAGAUUAGAAAAUAUUAUGUUAAACAUCACAGUGAAUAUCAAUGCAUACAUCAUUUAAAACAAAAAAUUAAGCUUAUGAAGAAAAAGAAAAAUAUAAAAACUAUUUAUAUAUUUACAAAAUAUAGUCCCUGUUUUGGCAUAAAAGGCAAUUUGUGUCCUUGUAUGACUCAACUAGCUAAUUUCUCUAAAGAAAUGUAUGAUAAAUAUAAUAUAGAUGUUAUUAUUACUUUCCAGGACAUUUAUGGUGCAACGGGAAGUAUAGCAGAAACAAUACAAAAAAUGGUAAAACUACCAAUGAGUAAUAAUGAUAAAGAUUCUAUUUAUAUUGAGAGAUUAAUAAAUAAAGUUAAAAAACAAUAUCCUAAAUCAAAAUAUAAAUAUGUUCUGGGAGAUAAAGAGCAAAAACAUAUCAAAAGAGAUAUAAUAAAAAAAAUUAAGAAAAUUAAUCCAUGUGUAGGAAUUGAGAUAAAAAUGAUAUUUCCUAGUAAUCCAUGUUCAUUACAUGAGUUUGAGAGUUUCAUACAACAACAAACAAAUAAUAUAAACAGACAACUAAAAAAAUAUAAUUUUACUAAGGAAAAUAUGAAAUAUAUUUGUUCACUUUUUCAUUCUAAGUGUUGUGAACUAGUUGAUUAUAAACGGUUUAUAUAUAAGAAGAUCAGUGACUAUAUUAACACUAUUGCUGUUGCAUUAGCUCAUAAAGAUAUAAAAGCCAACUUAAACAAUUUUACUCUGGAAAGAAUAGAAUUAAAUUUUUAAAUUUUGAAUAAUUGUGGUGCACGUGUGUUACUAUGCAGAUAUAAUUUUUCUGCAUUUUUU